AUGUAUAAUAUACCGUUGUUUCUAUGUGCCCUUAUUUUACAUGUAUCAUGUGGACAUGAAAGUUCAAAAAUCUCACAUAUAACAACAGUAGUGCAAGUACCCACUAAUGAUUGGACACUAGUUAAACAUGCCCAACAGCGUGACCGGCACAUUACACCAGUAAAAUUAACGCUGAUUAUUAAAAAUGAACCAAGACAAGUAGAACGUUUAAAAGUGAAAUUUAAUAAAGUGAGCAAUCCAUCUCAUUCUGAUUAUGGUAACUAUAUGAGUUAUGAUGAUCUACAUAAACAAUAUUUAAAACAAACAACCAAACAUGGUCGAUAUGUUGCACGGUGGUUAAAACAACAGCAUCCACAAUUGCGAAUAAAACCAACGCCACACAAAGAAUUUAUAAUCAUUAAAUCAUCCAUUAGUACUAUUGAACGCGUAUUUCAAACAAAACUGAAUAUAUAUAAACAUAACCUAACUGGAGAACGAAUAAUUAGAGCAACACAUUUUAAAUUACCAUCGAAUAUUCAUCAUCGAAUAUCAUAUAUAGAAGGUUUAAGUCAAUUUCCUCCUACUUCUCGUAUAAUCAAUAGCAAUCAAAUGAGUACAGUAUCUAGUGCACCAAUUCUUUUUCACAUACGUUCAGCAUUUUCAAUGUUUACUAUUUAUGUACAAUUAGUAUGUUUCAACGGCGAUAAAGCAUCCAAUUCUUUGUGUAAUGAUAACUUCAAAGGUUUUGAAAUCAUGCUUAGACCGAUGAAACAAAGUGGAGUAUCUCCUAUUAAAUAUUCGCUAUCACAAGCUGAUUCAAGUUGCAUGAUAUGUAAAUAUGGUAUACCGUCUAUAACUAACAUCUGCAAUGUACUUCGAUUGAGUAACGACAGUGUUCUAUGUGUAUUUGAUUUAACAGAUGAUUCAAUUCCCAAUUUUACCCCGUAUAUGAUUAGUAUUAGGUCAAAAUUUUUUGAUAUGAACAGCAAAAUUGUUUAUUCACAAGAAGUUCCCUAUCUAUCACCAGUGGAAAAGGUGGUAGCAAUGACACCGGAUAUUCUGGCAUCAUUGUAUAAUAUCAGUGGUACAAAUAAACCUACUUCCACACUUAUGAGACAAGCCGUUGUAGGAUUCAGGCAGUAUUUGAAUAAACAAUCCUUUUAUAAUUUUGCAAAAGCCUAUGGAAAUAAUUUUAAUCUCCAACCAGGAAAAAUCUACGGUGAUAAUUAUCAGAACAAGAGUUACGAUGAAUUAGAAACUUCGUUAGAUCUUCAGUAUUUGGCAUCAAUGGGUUCUGGAAUACCAACUGAUUAUAUAUCAGCAUCGCAAAAUUUUGAUGGAUUUUUGAUUGAUUUUUUUGUUCAACUAGCGUUUUUAGAACAAAAGAAAUAUAUCGUUAUGCCAUUAGUCUAUUCCAUUAGUUACGGUGAUUCAGAAAACGAAAUUGGCAGAUCUCUAGUUCAAAUUUGCGAUUUUCAAUUUAUGAAAAUGGGUCUUACAGGUAAAUCAGUAUUUGUCGCAGCAGGUGAUUCGGGAACGUCGUUUGUUGAUAAUGUUUGCCGAGAUAACUUUGUUUCCAUUUAUCCUGCUUCUUCACCGUACAUAACAAGUGUGGGCGGAACACAAUUAAUAGGAAGUGAUGAUAAUGAAUGUAAAAGAUAUAUAGCACAAGCACCUAAUAUUUGUUUAGAAGAAAUUGUUGCAUAUACUACACCAUUGACAGGAUGUUCAAUAACAUCUGGCGGUGGAUUUUCGACGUUUAGCAUGGCACCAGAAUAUCAGAAAAAACAUAUUGAUGAUUAUUUUCAAAUUGGAAUUGAUACUUUACCACCCGUAACUUUUUUUAAUAACUCGAAUAGAGCCUAUCCUGAUCUUAGUUUAUUGGCCUUUAAUUACAUGAUAAAAAUGAAUGGCAAUCAAGAUACUGCAGUAGAUGGUACAUCUGCAAGUACCCCUGCCAUUGCUGGUUUAUUUAGUUCGAUUAAUGAUCGCCGACUGCAGUAUAAUAUGAAACCGUUAGGAUUUCUAAAUCCACUGCUUUAUCAAUUGGCUGAAAUAUAUCCUGAAGUAUUUUAUGAUAUUACUAAAGGCGGCAACAAUUGCAAUAGACUUACAUGUUGCAAAUAUGGAUUUUCAGCACAAAAAGGUUAUGAUCCAGUUAGUGGUUUGGGUUCAAUCAAUUAUGAUCGAUUAAUGAAAUUACUUACACAAUAA